AUAGCACGGAGCGCACGUCGCAAGAGAGAAAAAAGACAACGAAAUAUACAUUAAUAAUAAUUUAUAUACAGACCAUUGCUCUGUCUGCCCACAACUUUAUUAAAAUAAUAAUAAUAAAAAUAGCUUUCGAAUUUUGACGACGGAUUAAACCAGGUGGCAACAGAUAGAGACGACCUUUGAUAACCUAUUGAUCAAGCUACACUUUGGUAUUCUUGGGGAGCAUGCAGCUGAUGCCGGCUGUUGAGCACUUGUACACAGAGUGCAAUAAAAAAGAAACUCAGUAAUAUGAUUAGAGUCGAUCUAGAAGAUAACUCAAAAUGAGUGCCAUUGAUAUAACUGAGAUCGUGGAUUACUUGGACGAGAUUAAUUCUUUCAGCAACAGCGUGGACCACAACUUCAUAGAGACACUAGUGUGCCGUCACAGCUUCAACAAGAGUGCAGUCCUGUACACCCUGUCCCUGUUCUACAUCUUCAUCUUCAUUAUUGGCCUGGUGGCCAACUCUGUGGUGGUGUGGGUGAACCUGCGUGCCGAGAGGAACCGCUAUGAGACGCACCUGUACAUCUUGAAUCUGGCCAUCGCUGACCUCUGCGUUGUGGCCACCCUCCCCAUAUGGGUGGUCUCCCUGAUCCAGCAUGGCCACUGGCCCUUCGGCGAGGUGAUGUGCAAGAUCACCCAUCUGAUCUUCAGUGUCAACCUCUUUGGGAGCAUCUUCUUCCUCACCUGCAUGAGCGUCGACCGCUACAUCUCUGUGGUCCUCUUCGGGGACUCCAACAGCCUCAAGAAGAAAGUGGUCCGUAGGUUCAUCUGUAUCUUCGUGUGGCUACUCGCCUUGGCAGCCUCCAUCCCCGAUACCUACUACCUCAAAACAGGUACCAACCCAAUCAGUGAGGAAACCUCCUGCCGUCCUGCUUACCCAGGGCACAGUUUCAGGGAGUGGAUGGUCGGAAUCCAGCUCAGCUUCAUUGUCUUGGGCUUUGCCAUCCCGUUCCCUGUCAUCGCUAUCUUCUACAUCCUCCUGGCCAGGGUCAUCUCUUCCUCCAGUGACCAAGAAAGGAGGAUCAGUCGCAAAAUCAUCUUCACCUACAUCGUGGUCUUCUUGGUCUGCUGGCUGCCCUAUCACGCCGUGCUUCUGAUAGACGCCUUGUCCCUCCUCAAUGUGCUACCCUUCAGCUGCGAACUGGAGAACUUCUUGUACGUGGCCUUGCACUUCACCCAGUGCUUCUCGCUCAUUCACUGCUGCGUCAACCCCAUCAUCUACAACUUCAUCAACAAGAACUACAGGUAUGACCUCAUGAAGGCUUUUAUCUUCAAGUACUCCACCAAAACUGGCCUGGCCAAACUCAUCGAUGCCUCCAAGGUAUCUGAGACAGAGUACUCGGCAGUGGAGAACAACCAACCAUUGUGAGAACCAUUGUCCACUCUGGAAAGACUGAGCACAGUAACUUUGGAAAGUCACAAAACGCAUUUACAGUGUGCUAGAUAUAUAUUUUUUUUAAUGGUUGAACGUGAUCACAUUUGUACAAUUUUAAUAAGCAGAAGUGUUAUGAUGAUCAGUGAUGCAUAAUUGUGGCACCCUAUAAAGAAACACUGUAAAAGAUAUAAGGACCAAAUUUAAAUAUGUUUUGUUUAGUUUUUAAAUAUAUUAAUAGAAAUUCUAAAUGACAAAUAACUGACAUUUGCUCCAAAACUGACAUGCUGUCCAGGUGGACUUUAGCAUUCCUGAUUACACUGGGGACAAAGGAGCAAGCAAUCGGUAUUAAGUUCUCAUAGUUUAUAUUUACAGUAACUACUCUCGGUAUCGCACAAAUGGGGAAGAGCAGAAUUGGAGUUAAGAAUAUAUGGAUGUUCUCAUCAAGCAUCGCUGUAAGCUGAUAGAUCAGUAACUUAUAGAUCAUGCUCUUUUAAAAAAUGCCAUUUAAUCUAUAAAAUAAAGCUUUUCUGCCAAGCCAUGGCAAAGUAUGGUUCCCAAAACAGACAGUUAAAAAAAAAUUGAAUGUUGCUUAGUGUAUAUUUAAUAGGAACAUGCCUUAUAAUAACUUUAAAGCAUUAUUCGAUUUUUCUUAUAUAUUGUGUAUAUAAAUAUAUAUAUCUUGAGCUAUUUAUAUUCUUCCUAUGGCAGAAACCUUUUCCAAGUGUAUUUUUUGUUUUGUUUUGUAUUUGCUUUUCUUCUAAAUUGUAAUUAUGCUUGUUGUGCAGUAGGUUUGAGGCAAUAUACAGUGUUACUUAAAAUGAAGAGUCUUGUCCUUGUGCUUCUUGCUCUAUAAUGGCUAGGAGAAUAACAUCUUUGCUACCAUCCCUUCUAUAACCCGUUCAGAUUACAGUCACUUAUAAUUAUGCAAAUGCGGUAUGCUGCACUACUUCUUGCAGAAUACUCUUUGUUCUAAUGUUAUGUACAAACUGUUUAUUUGACAUAUUAAAUCUGCUGUUAAUAGUACUAUAUUUGGUUAAUCUUUUGACUAUAAAGUGCCUUUUUGGUACACUGAUGUUAUUUUGCUUUGCUUUUUUUUCGUGGUUGAGGCUUGUUCAAAGUUUAAAUCAGUUCAGAGUUUCAGUAAAUCUGCUUGGCUUCUCCAGUGAAUUUUACCUGCACUGGUGUUGGAAUAAGAUAAACAGAAAUGUUUUCCACUUCAUUUUUAUUAUAAGAAAAAUACAAAUCCAUUUAUUCUGAAUUUUUCAGUCAGUUUACAUUCUGUUUGAGGUUGCAGAUUUCUACAAUUACAGAUUUCUAAGCAACUCUAAUUAAUAAAAGUGGGUGUAGAGUUGCUAUAGCGGUGGUGUUAAGAGAAAACCUGACCUGGCGUCAUUGUGCUUGAAUUACUAUGUUAAUGAAGGCACUCCUGUCGGUCAGAAUAACAAGUCAAGUGAGUGGUUCAGCUAUCUGUUCUGUACAAAGUCUAUUAUCAUCAUUAUGCAGUGAAACCUUUCAAUUGAAACUGUCGAAUUCCCCACAUAAUGUUAUUAAGGAUUCUGGACUCUGUGUGUGUCAGUCACUAGAACUGUUGGCCCAAACAACAAACAGCUGCUUAUUGCAAAAGCUGGUGAAGAAACCUUUCAGGAAUGGAUAUGUUGUAUUUGCCUUUUACACAUGCAUUUUUAAAAUAAAUAUUUUAUGUAUGCAAAGUAA